GCAAAUCUUUCUGUUCCCACCAAAGCAGUUCUUGACCGUCACAAUAUCUCUUGACUAUGUAACAUCUGAAUGUGGAUUUUUCUUUUUCCUUGUUCUGAAUUUUGUUUUUCCUUUCUGGCAUCUGGAGCAAUGGAGUUGCACAUGAAGAGACAUCUGCAAGGAAUUUUUAUUUUCCUGCAGCUUACAGCUUGUGUGGCAAGCAUAACUGGAAGAUGCAGUCUUUUCGGACGACAUCAUAUUCACACCUUUGAUGGGGUUAUAUAUGAGUUUCCAGGAGAUUGCAGCUACCUUCUGGCUGGGGACUGCAACCAUCACUCCUUCACUCUGCUGGGUGACUUUCAAAAUGGCAAAAGAACAGGAAUAACAUUGUUUCUGGGGGAUGUCUUCGAGUUGCACCUAUCUGUAGAUGGACAGCUUUCACAAGGAGGAAAAAGACUGUCUCUUCCCUAUGCAUCUCAUGCUGUGUUUGUGGGCUCAGAGCUUGGGUUUUAUAAACUCUGGAGCGAAGAGUUUGGCUUCGCUGUCACCAUUGAUAAUGCGGCCAACAUCGCCGUGACUAUGACCAAACUCCACUCCAAUCGCACCUGCGGCCUCUGCGGCAACUUUAAUGCAAUCCCAUCUGAUGAAUACACUGCUCAGGAGGGAUUUCUGACAGAGGACAGUUAUGAUUUUGCAAACUCCUGGGCUGUGAAGGGAGCUGACCAGGCUUGUCGACGCAUCUCGGAUCCCACCCAAUCCUGUAACAGUACAAAGGGAACUGCAGCGGUAUUGUCCAGCUGCAGUGUGCUGCAGACCUCUAGUGUGUUUCUCCACUGCUCCCACCUGGUCUCUCCCGAUGCGUUCCUAUCCCUGUGUCAGACAGAGGCCUGCUACUGUGACCAGAAAAACACAGAAGACUGCUCCUGUCCUUUCUUACUGGAAUAUGCUCGCACAUGCCAUGCUCAUGGGAUACUCCUGCACGGCUGGGUGGAAGAGAGCCAGUGCUUUCCCAAGUGUCCAAUUGGCAUGCAGUACAAUGAAUGCACCAGAUCCUGUUCUACAACCUGCCACAGUCUUAACAUACAGGAGGUCUGCAAGGAGGAAUGUGUGGAUGGCUGUACAUGCCCCAUUGGAAAGGUUUUGGAUGGAAAUCGCUGCGUGGAGGUAUCUCAAUGUUCCUGCACACACAUGGGGAGACAUUUCCCCCCAGGAUCUACCAUUUCUCAGGACUGUAAUACAUGUGUGUGCCGCCACGGGUCCUGGGAAUGUACCAAUGAAGGCUGCCCCGGUGAGUGCUUAGUUGUUGGGCAGUCUCACUUCAAGUCUUUUGACAACAAAUUUUUCACCUUUACUGGUCACUGUCAGUAUCUGCUGGCAAAGGAUUGCACAAAAAACGGGUUUUCUGUCAUCAUUGAGAAUGUGCAGUGUGCAGAUGAUCAGGAUGCUGUGUGCACACGCUCAGUGACACUGAGUCUGCCCUCUCUGGAGAACAUGACAGUGAAGCUGAAGCAUGGAGGAGUUGUGUCUGUCAACAGUAUGGACAUCCAGACCCCAAUGAAUCAUGGCCAUCUACGUAUUGCGAGAUCGGCUCAGUCUUCAGUUCGAGUGAGGUUUGGUGAUGACCUUCGAUUGGACUGGGACGGUCGGGGUCGUGUUCUUCUGAAGCUGGGGCCACGAUGGACAGGGCAGACAUGUGGCCUGUGUGGGAACUACAAUGGAAACCAUGGUGAUGACUUCUUGUCUGGUUCUGGGCUGGUUGAAGCAAGUCCCCAGGCUUUUGGGCAGACCUGGAGGAUCAAUGGCGAUUGCGAAUCCACUGACAAGCAUAACACUGAUCCAUGCGCAACAAAUCCCAAAAGAGUGCGUUAUGCAGAAGAGGCGUGUGCAGUGAUCAUGUCAGAUGUGUUCAGCUCGUGCCAUUUUCUGGUGAAUCCUGCUCCAUUCCAGCGGUUUUGUCGGUAUGAUGUGUGCGCCUGUGGAGACGGUGAGCAGUGCCUCUGCUCGACUCUGUCUGCUUAUGCAGCCGCCUGCUCUGCAAAAGGAGUGCUGCUCAACUGGAGAUCCCAUUCACUCUGUGAGAUGGAGUGUCCUGGAGGUCAGGUGUACGAGGCCUGUGGAAGUACAUGUGAGCGAACAUGUCGCUCUCUCUCGGGCGCUGAGCCUGGCUGUGAGGGGGAGAGAGUGUGUGAGGAGGGCUGUUUCUGUCCAGCUGGGAAAUACCUGAGCCCUUCUGGUGAGUGUGUGACUGCGGACAUGUGUCCCUGCCUACACGAUGGACAGCUGUAUCAGCCUAGUGACGUCUAUGCCGAUCACAACAGCAUUUGCUACUGUGAGAAUGGGGCCAUGCGGUGCAGCUCCACAGAGAUGACAUCAUUACUUUCUGACCUCUUCUAUGAUGAUGACACAGUGCCAUCAAGAGAGCGACGGGCAGCCCAGUGCCCUCCUCCCCUUGUUCAUGCAGAGUGUAGUUCAGGUGAAAGGGGGAUGGAAUGUGCCAGAACCUGCCGGAAUUUGGACCUGCCGUGUGUGAGCCUUGCCUGCAUCCCUGGCUGCCUCUGUCCACCCGGCACAGUACGCCAUCGCAGAGACUGCAUCCAACCAGAGCAGUGUCCCUGUUACCAUAACAACAGGCCAUACUCUGAAGGACGGAGUAUCACCGUUGACUGCAACACCUGUGUGUGUGAGAACAGGAAGUGGCGGUGCACAGAGAAGUUGUGUGAUGGUGUGUGCCGCACCGUGGGGGAGGGGCAUUACAUCACAUUUGAUGGCCUUAAGUACUCCUUUCCUGGCCUAUGCCAAUAUGUCCUGAUUCAGGAUAUGUGUCACGCAGAUGAAGGCUCCUUCAGAGUGCUGGUGGAGAAUGAGGCGUGUGGAAUUGUUGGGCAUCGCUGUGCAAAAGCUGUCACUAUCUUCUACCACGGCGGCUUGAUUGUAAUGCAGGAUGGAGAGGUGACGAUGAAGAGGCCUGUGCUGCAAACUUCCCAAGUGGAGAUUAUCAGAUCUGGUCAGUUUUAUACUGUCAUGUUGGGGAAACACAUCUCCCUCAGUUGGGACAGAGGAACUCGCCUCCUUGUUCACAUCUCAGCUUCCUACAGGGGCCGGGUCUGUGGUCUGUGUGGGAAUUUUGAUGGAAAUGUCAACAAUGAUUUGAUGAGUAGUAACAACCAAAUGGAGGUGGAUGCCUCACACUUUGGCAAUUCCUGGAAAGUCAUUCCCAGCUGUGCUGAUGUAACUGAGAUGUCAGCUCCUUGCAGUGACAACAUUGUAAAGUUGAUUACAGUAGAGCAAUCAUGUCGCGUGAUUACUGGUCCGCUCUUCAAAGAAUGCAACAGCCAGGUGGAUGCAGAGGCGUAUGUAGAGAUGUGUGUUGAGGCAGCAUGCUCAUGCUCGUCUGUGGGGGAUUGUGCAUGUUUCUGUGACGCCAUUGCUGCUUACGCGCAGGCUUGUUCAGAGAAGGGAGUGUCUGUCAUGUGGAGAUCCAAUGAACUUUGCCCUAUGAGCUGUGAGGAGCUGAACCCUAAGCUCGCAGGUACAGGGGAGGAGUUGUGCCAGUGGAGGUAUAACACCUGCGGACCUGCCUGUCCAAUUACCUGCCAGCAUCCUGAUCCCCUCCACUGUUCACUGAUGUGUGUGGAAGGCUGCCAUGCUUACUGCCCACCAGGUAAAAUUCUUGAUGAGGUGGCAAUGCAAUGCGUAGAUCCCUCUCAGUGUCAGGUUUGUAUCCACGAGGGUCAGAGGAUAUCCCAUGGGAACAAGGUCAUUCUGAAUCAUGACGACCCAACACACUGCAAAAUAUGCCACUGUGAGAACAACACUCUCAGCUGUGAAGACUGCACCUCACUCAACAUGUUGUCUACUCCCACACCAACACCGAGUUACGGCACUUUUACCACGAUGCCUUUCACCACCUUGAUGCCUGAGGGCAUAUGUGACCGUGCAAUGGAUCUGGCUUUCUUACUGGAUGGAUCAGAAGCACUAACUGAAGAUGAAUUUCAGGCCACUAAGGAAUUCAUAGUCGGAGUGGUUGAACGUUUCCGUAUGGGCUCAGCGCACACUAGAGCCACAGUGCUACUUUACCACUCUGGAGUUAAAACAUAUGACCUGCAGGUUCAGAAGUGGCUAUUUAAGAAGACUGUGCGCGAGCUUCAUUACACAGGGGGAGAUGCAGCGUUCUUGGACGAAGCUGUCAAGUACCUCGCCAUUAACAUCUAUGACAAGAACAAGCGUGACAAUGCUGGCCGUGUAGCAAUUAUCCUGACCGCUAGUGGUAACCCUCGUCCCGUCCGUGCCAUCGUGAAGAUGCUCCGUAAGAAAGCCAUCACCACCUUGACAGUGGCGCUUGGUCCUGGUGUCAACAUGGGUCAGAUUAAUGACAUCACCAAGGCCAACCCAGACAACAGGGCCUAUGUGCUGAGCAGCACAGGUGAACUAUCUGAUCGUCUAUUGGAGGUAACAGAUUACCUUUGCACCUUGGGGAUGGAGCCAGAGAUCCCAAAACCUACACCAAGUAAACCCCGUCAGGCCUCUUCCAUCACUUCCCCUGUGAAAACAACACCUGCACAACAUGUACCCAGCACUCUGGCAUCCACUGCACCCUCUGGCAUGUCUCCUGCCGCCACAAUACCAUCAUUCCACCCUCCAGCCACAGAUGUGACAUUCAUCAUAGAAGGUUCUGAUACUGUUGGUGAGGCCAACUUCAAUAAGUCUCUAAUAUUUCUGGAAGAAGUCAUCUCUCAGUUGACAGAAGAGGAAGAGUUUAUCCGCAUCACAGUGAUCCAGUACUCUGUAACAGUCACUGUGGAAAUCAGCCGCUGGGAGCUGAGGCAACAGAGAGAGCAUCUGCUGCAACGACUGCGGCAGAUUCGUUGGAGGGGAGGAAGCAAGACAAACACCAGAGCAGCUGUCACCACUCUUCAGGAAAUGGCUACAGUGCAUCCUCCUCAUGUCCCCGCCCCACCUCAACUCGUCUUUCUUGUGACUGAAAAUCCCCCCACUGAUACAGUCACACGUCCACCAACUACAAGUGCCCAAACACGUGUGUAUCCCAUCGGUGUUGGACCAAAAGUGCAUGAAACAGACCUGAUGCAAUUCAGCCACCCUCAGCGUCCGAUGAUGGUUGAGGACUACGGCCGUUUGACGUCUCUAGUCCAUCGUGUGGUCAAAAUCACACAGACCGCAGUCAGGCCCCUCUCUCCUACUUUGCCACCCCUCAUCGUCCCAACUCACUCCACUCUGCCACUCACAGUGCCAUGCAAGAAGCCUCUUGAUGUUAUGUUCCUGUUAAAAGCCGGAAAGCAGUUUGAGGACAUGAAGACCUUUGUCAAGACUUUCAUUAGUAAUGCUGAUAUAGGGCCAGGUGGCACUCAGGUGAGCUUAAUUCAGUAUGGAGAUAUAAACACAGCUGAGUUCAUGUGGAACAGUCAUCAAAGCAAGUCAGACCUUCUGAAACGGGUGGAAGGCAUCCCAACCAGGACCGCUGGAGCUCCUGCAUUAGGGUCAGCUGUAAAAUUUGCUGUGCAGGCAUCCAUCUCAUCUGUCAGCGGUGGGAGAGUAGGUGUCCCAAAGGUAGUCGUGAUGGUGAUGACAGAAAAAUCAACUGACGAUAUCAAAGAGGCAGCCGAUGAGGCUCUUGCAGCAGGUGUGUCAGUGUUCCCCAUUGGAGUUGGACCAAACUAUGACAGCAAUGAGCUUAGUAUACUCGGUCACCACGGCAACCAAGACAAUACUCUGCAUCUAAACAACAUGGACCAGUUAAGAAUGUUUUUAACUCUGGACAAAAGCUACACGGAGAGAAUCUGCAGAGCUGGGCCACCAGGAGUGUGUGUUGAUGAUAACGGAAAUGAGAGGAAGCCUGGUGAAUCGUGGCUGCUUGACGAUGGCUGCCAUUCUCUCUUGUGCCACCCCAGUGGAGCGGUGACGGUUCAGAAUCACAAAAUUAGCUGUGACAGACUGGAGCCGCCGGCAUGCAGAAACAACAUGCCCCCUGUCAGAGUAGAGGAGGCCUGUGGCUGCCGCUGGGAAUGUCCUUGCAUAUGUAUGGGGAGCUCCACAAACCAUGUAGUGAGGUUCGAUGGCCUGGCUCUCAGGUUGGAAGAAGAGGGAUUGUGCUCCUAUACACUUCUAACGGUCAGUAAAGGAAACAGCGAAGGCUCAGAGGUCAAACUUCACACUGGACCUUGUCAAGACUCAGCAAAAUACAGCCAGAUCUGCAUGAAAUCCAUGGAGGUGACCCAUGGACCAUACACACUGCUGCUGAAGGAUGACAUUACGGCCAUGAUUGGUCGAGAAGAGCUUGCCUUGCCUUGGCGACAUUCUGGUCUGGAGGUGGUGCGCUACGGAGGAGUGAUGCUGCAGCUGAAGUCAGACCAAGGCUACGUUUUGACUUUUACCCCUCAGAGCAAUGAAUUUACCAUCACCUUGCUCAGUUCGGAAACCAGUGGGCACACUGCUGGACUCUGCGGUGCAUGUGGGGAGGCGAAGGUUAAUGUCCUGUCUUUCCGUAAUGGCAGCACAACCACCGACCAGCCGGCCUUCAUCUCGGACUGGACUGUUGCCGGAGAUGGUGGUGUGUGUUUGCCUAAACGGAAGGCAGUGUGCUUGUCUGGAGUGGCGAUGGGAUGUCAAGCCUUACGUUCUGAGGUGUUUGAAAAAUGCCACGCCUAUAUUGCUGUCCAGGUUUUCCUCAUCAAGUGUGAGGAGCAAGCGUGUGAUGAGUCAGAUGUGUGUGAGCUAAUAUCAGCCUAUGCACGCCUCUGUAGACAAAGUGGUGUGUGUGUGGAUUGGAGGAGCCCCCAUCUUUGCCCACUGCAUUGUCCAAACUCUAUGGAGUAUGAUGCAUGUCGGACAGGAUGUGUGGAGGACUGUGGCAGCAUACAGGCAUUGCCAGGCGACUGGUCAACGACCCAGCGCAACGAGUCAUCAUGUAUAGAGACACCUACAGAAGGCUGCUUCUGCACUGAUGGGACGGUUUUGCAUCACGGAAAAUGCAUCUCUCCAGAAUCCUGCAGAGAGUGUGUGGAUCAUCAAGGCCACACAUAUGCGCAUAUGCAGAGUUGGGUGCCAGAUGACAAUCCAUGUUUGAUUUGCAUGUGUUUGGACCAGCAACAUAUCAACUGCACUGCCAGACCAUGCAAUGAUGUCAAAGUUCCAGUGUGUGGACCUUGUGAGAUCCUGCAGGAGAAGAAAGAAUCCAGGUGCUGCCCUGAGUACGAGUGCGCGUGUGAUCUGGUGAGCUGUGAUCUGCCUGAUGUCCCUCACUGUGAGGACGGUCAAACAGUGGUUCUGAAAAACCCCGGCGAAUGCCAGCCUAUUUAUGAGUGCGUGUGCAAAAAGGAAGAGUGUUCCCAACAAGACCCCUCUGACUGUCCAGCCCACCGCCAGCUGUCCACAAUAAAGACAAAGUGCUGUGACUCCUUUGAAUGUACAUGUAACUGCCAGAACUCCACCCAUUCCUGCCCCACCGGGUUUGUUACAUCGUCCUUUACCAAUGACUGCGGUUGCACAGAAAUCCUCUGCCAACCUGACAAGGUGUGUGUAGUUGGUGGAGUGGUUCAUCCAGUGGGCAGUGAGUGGGAGGAAGGAUGUGAGAAGUGUCGAUGCACAGAGCUGCAGGACAGAGACACAUCGCUCCAUGUCGCCCAGUGCAGCCCACCUAUCUGCAAUCGGAACUGUCCUGUGGGAUCUACAUACACUGAGAGAAAAGGGAGUUGCUGUGGAGACUGUACACCAGCCAGCUGCAUAGAGAGUGAGGGAGCAAUGCGAGGGGACACAGUCAUUGGAGGAAAGCUCAGAAGGGUGGGUGAGAAGUGGCUGUCUGCACAUGAUAAAUGUGUCGAAAAUGAGUGUAAGAAAGUGAAAGAUGAGGUGUUUAUCUCUACAACAAAUGUCAGCUGUGGCAGUAUGGAGACUACAAGCUGUCCACUGGGAAGUGAGCUUCGCUGUGACACUCAGGACUGCUGCCCCCGCUGCCACUGUGCACCAAUUGAUGCCUGUGUUCUCAAUCACACUGUGAUAGGGGCAGGUGAAAGAAUGAUGGUGGAUAUGUGCACACACUGUGAGUGCACAGUGGAGAAUGGAGCAGUGAAGAAAUACAAACUGUCAUGCAAGCGAACCAGCUGCCCAUCCUGCCCCAGGGGAUACGCAAUGCAGAAGGAGGGAGACAGUUGCUGUGGGCGCUGUGUUGCCACUGCCUGCUUCAUACAGAAGCCAGAUGGAAAACUUACCAGUUUGCAAGUCAACUCAACCCAUGAGGAGGGCUGUUACUUGUAUGCUUGUGGUGUGAACAGCAGAGGAGAUCUUGUCCUGGAGACCAAACAGACCACCUGCCCUCCUUUUAACCGCCAAGCCUGCGUAGAUCAAGGGGGCAAAGUCAGCCAAAUUGGUAAAACCUGCUGUGAGACUUGUAAUGAGCCAGAGUGCCGCAGGACAGCAGGAACACUCAACUACAUCAAAGUGGAUGACUGCCAAUCAGAGCAACAGAUUGAGCUGCACUACUGUGAGGGCAAAUGUCGCAGCAAAUCUAUGUACUCCUUGCAGAGUGCUGCCGUAGAGCAGGAGUGUGUGUGUUGUGCCGCCGUGAAGACAGAGCCUCUCAGUGUGCCCGUCUUGUGCGCCAAUGGCACACGCAGCCACCACACUGUCCAGUCUGUAACUACAUGCGACUGUGUGUCCAAACAUUGCAACUAGAGAGACAAUAAAAGUUUGCUAAAUGUAAAUGCUUUGUGUAACCAAGCAAUAUGUACCCAUCGAGAAACACAUAUACUAUACCAAUAAAAUAAACCUCACAGUUUCUGCAAAUUUA